UCUGAUACUGCUAUAAACAUCGAAUCACUUUUCCUCACCUCUCCCAAAGGCCAAAACUCCUCUCCUAUCACUUCACCACUUUCAAAAAAGAAUCCAAUCACAGAAAACUGUCUUCUGUGACACUGGUUGUCCGUGUUGCGGAAGCUUGACGGCGGUUGCAUCGCCGUUAAAGAUAAAGAAACUCUGGCAUUUGGAUUCAGAUCCGGCCCGCAUUGUACUCGUGUGUAUAGUAAGUUGCCAAGAUGGUCGCCCAGGAAUUCACUGUUGAUUUGAACAAGGCUCUUGUCUUCCAGGUUGGUCAUCUUGGAGAAGCAUAUGAGGAAUGGGUUCACCAGCCAAUUCCAACCAGGGAAGGCCCUCGAUUUUUUGAAAGUGACUUUUGGGAGUUCUUGACUCGCACUGUCUGGUGGGCAAUUCCAGUCAUUUGGCUGCCAGUUGUUUUCUACUGCAUCUCCUUGUCUGUAAGAAUGGGCCAUACAUUUCUAGAGAUAGCAGAAAUGGUGGUUUUUGGCAUUUUUGUUUGGACGUUGAUGGAAUACACUUUGCACCGUUUCCUUUUCCACAUCAAAACAAAGAGCUAUUGGGGUAAUACUUUUCAUUAUCUUAUUCAUGGUUGCCACCAUAAGCAUCCUAUGGAUGGCCUACGGCUUGUUUUCCCUCCUGCUGCAACAGCUGUUCUAUGUAUACCGUUAUGGAAUUUUAUAAAGCUUCUAGCAACUCCAUCAACAACUCCGGCUUUGUUUGGAGGUGGUUUACUUGGCUAUGUGAUGUAUGAUUGUACCCAUUACUACCUGCAUCAUGGUCAGCCCUCAAGUGGAGUACCUAAACACCUCAAGAAAUAUCACUUGAAUCAUCACUUCAGAAUCCAAGAUAAGGGAUUUGGAAUCACAUCAUCGCUAUGGGAUCGAGUGUUCGGAACACUUCCUCAGAGGAAAUCAGCCUCGAAGAAGAAAUAGAUUGAAGAAGAUUCAUUAUUAUAUUGUUGGCUUAUAACAUAUUUCCAAACAUUCUUUCUUCUGCUAUUAAUUUAUUCUAAAGUGAGUAGUCUAGUCCAUUGCUUCCAAGGUCAAGGGUGGUGUCAAUUUUGUGGUGUAGUUCUAUAUAAAUCAUAAGUUAUGUAUAAAUGAAAUUGCUAUUUUCUUGUUAUUUUCUAUUUAUGAAAGAAAAUUCCUUAACUUUAA